AUGCAGACCUACUUUGAAGACUCGAGCAGAGAGAGAAAGGAACACAACCGCUAUGUUCGAACAAGCGAAUACGAGAGCGUGAGUGCAUGUGAGUGCGAAAAUACAAUGGUCUCAAGCUAUUUAGUGGAAGGACACUGUCUGAACUCAGUCCAACGCCGACGCACACGGUCUGGCUUUGGCAUGAAGCUCUCUCGCUGUCUGGGUUUGACACAAGGUUGUGAGGCCCUGCAUAUUGAGGGGGCGUUGUCUGUCUGGUCAACAUCUAGCGGAGCUGAGAGCCACAGUAGAUUCCGGGCUUUCAAGAAGCUGACCUUCCGGACGAAAUGCAUAAAAACAACAAUCGCUUGUCUUCAGGACGUGGAGGGCGAAGGUUGGACCACGCUGGAAACUGACUGCAGAUACUGCGAGCUUAUAGAUAAUGGGCGCGUGGUGAAACGAAACUGUCUAUAUAAGAAGAGAAAAAAGAAGAAGUGUAAACACCACUUCCUUUGUAAAAUCGAUUUCUGUAACCAAUGCUUCGGUGACGGCUUGGGCAACCUGGCAGUAUCCCAGCCCUCGUGCCUCCUUCGUGUGGCAUGGCAGCUAGGCACCGAAAGGCUGUUACAGGUGGACUAUUAUUAUUAUUUUACUCCGUGUGAAGUGACCGAUAUACGAACAAACUGGGUGAUAGUUUCUUCACAUAGAACACUACUGAAAAUUUCGACAGCAGUCUUAUGUGUAUUUGUCUCGCACACGCGAGAAUCCCCUGGAAGAGGCGAUUUCGGAGGUUGCCGAUACGAUACAACAAAUCGUUCAGCUGUAGCACCCUUUCGGUGCCUAACUGCCAUGCCACCCAAAGGUUGCACGAGGGCUGGGAUACUGCCAGGUUGCCCAAGCCUAGACAGGGAGAGUCGAGAGGCAGAAGUCGGGUUUGAACCACGGACCUUCCGGUCAGUAAAUUCGCACUCUAACCACUUGAGCCAUCUCGUCCCGAUACCACUCAGCAUACUACCCUUUCUGGAUUGUCUGACACUUACCAAUGGUGAGAAACUAGGAGCUUUCACCAGUAACCAGACUAUAGAGGUGUUGUGUCCACCGACCCUACAUCGGUAUACAUCAAGAUUGUCCCAUCAAUGUUUAGUCGAGUCAAAGCGUUGUGCAAAGGAUAAUAUUGGUGCACUAGAAGGAUGGCCAUCGGAGGAGGAUGCUUUUAUAAGAUUGGGUGCAACGACAUGGGACAGACAGCCGCAGAACUAUACACCAGAGUUGGUGAGCGUAGAUUAUACAGACCAUCGAGAAAUGUUCAGUCCAGUUUAUCCUCGACAAACCGAGAAUAUGUUGGUUCAACCUGCUACAGUUUCGGCCACCGGAAAAUGGGACAGCAUGGGAAACACAGCCGAGCAUUGGAGGCACAAUCAGUGGGUGAGUGGGGACGCCUACAAAACAAAGAAUAAAACAGAUCAUCGGCAACCGAUUCCAACAGCGGCUGAUAGCCGAGGCGGUGGAAAUUACUAA